AUGACUGAUAACGGCAUCCCUCGUCUACACAACAAGGUUGCUGUGGUCACUGGUUCCUCUUCUGGGUUAGGCCGAGCCAUAGCCUUAGCUUUUGCAUCACACGGCACCAAACUUAUAGUCUGUGCGGAUCUGCAACCAGAGCCACGCAAGGGCAGCGAUGGAGAGAAUGAAGCUACUCAUGAGAUGAUCUGUCGGGAAUAUGGUGAGGGCAAGGCCCGGUUUGUCAAGUGCGACGUAGGAGUCAGUGAGGAGGUCAAGCAAAUGAUACAGGUAGCAGUUGAGGAAGGGGGUCGACUAGAUGUUAUAGUCAACAAUGCGGGUAUUGGUCACACCGAUCCAACCCUUCGACUCCAUCAGCUUCCUGAUUCGGAGUGGGAUAGGUUCAUCCGUAUCAAUGCCACUGGUGUAUACAACGGCAGUAAACACUCGCUUGCUCAAAUGGUGACUCAGGAGCCUGACGCUAAAGGCAGUCGGGGGCGGAUCAUCAAUGUCUCAAGUGUGAUGGGUCUGGUAGCUUCAGCAGGUGGUGCUGGAGCCUACAAUGCUUCGAAAGCCGCCUCUCUGAAUUUAACCCGGCAGAUUGCCCUGGAUUACGCUCGAGAUCGUAUCACAGCCAAUGCUCUUUGCCCUGGCUUGAUAAAGACAGCCAUGACCCGUGACCUGGACGAAACCGCUGCACAAGCGUUCCUCAAUGCAACACCUUGGGGCGAUUGGCUCGGGGCGGAUGACGUCGCCGGAGGCGCUGUGUUUCUGGCCAGUGAUGACGCGGCGGUAGUAACAGGAAUUGCGCUGCCUGUAGAUGGCGGGUAUGUAGCUAUGUAA